UCCAGGGAGAAGACAGGUACAGAUAUACAUUAGAGUUGAGGUUAGAAGUAGAAGUUACUGUAUUUGACCACAAGUGUGUUAAGAUGUCAGAGGGAGUCUAUGAAAACUCAGACAGAUUUGAAGACGGAGAACCUAAUGCAAUGAAGAACACGGACAUUGAUGACCAAUUAUAUGGCAACUUAAGAGCCUUCAAGCCCAGUCCAAGAGAUGUUGCUUCAGUUCAUGUUCAGUGGUGGAAGAGACCCUCUGGAGUUGCUGCAGUGUCUCUGGGGCUGCUGUGUGUUCUCCUACUGGCUGGGAUCAUAGGCCUGUCUGUCUACUGUGGAGUCAUUGGUCAUCGCGACUCAAAAGAGAGAAACCAGCUACAGGCCAGUUAUAACAACCUGACUGAAGAGAGAGACCAGCUACAAACCAGUUACAACACCCUGACUGAAGAGAGAGACCAGCUACAGACCAGUUACAACAACCUGACUGAAGAGAGAGACCAGCUACAGACUGAGAGAGAGAUUCUUAACAGGAGGCUUACCAAUCUCAAACAAACCUGUUCUGAAGGCUGGCAGAAGUUUGAAUCCAGUUGGUACUUCCUGUCUACUGAGACUAAAACCUGGAACGAGAGCAGAGAGGACUGUAUGGAAAGAGGAGCAGACCUGGUGAUCAUAAACAGUGAUGAGGAACAGAUACUGGUAUGA